ACAGACGGAGCGAGCGGAUCCUUCCACGCAACAAAACAACAAACAAUCCGCGGACAGAGCCACUACCAUGCCUGCGGUAUACCUCCUCUUCUGCCUUAUGGCCACAGCAGCCACCCAAGCAGCCUACUUCUCCCAGCAGCCCCAGGACCAGGUGGUCGUGUCCGGUCAGUCGGUGACUCUGCCUUGUGUGAUCGUGGGUUACCGGGGAAUGGUACAGUGGACCAAAGAUGGCCUUGCACUGGGAGGAGAGAGAGACCUUCCAGGCUGGACGCGCUAUUCCUUAAUGGGCGACCCGCUAUCAGGCGAGCACAGCUUGCUGAUCGAUUCGGCAGACUUGGCGGAUGACGCGGUGUACGAGUGUCAGGCUACACAGGCAGGCCUGCGCUCCCACCGUGCCAAGCUCACUGUACUAGUUCCUCCUUCAGACCCCGUGGUGGAGGGUGGCCCCAUUGUGCGUCUGAAAGCCUACACGCCAUACAACCUCACCUGCAGAGCCUCGGGAGCCAAACCUGCUGCGGAGAUCACCUGGUACAGAGACGGCGAGGUUAUGGACACUGCCAUUUAUUCCAAGACACCGAUGGAGGAUGGGAAGAGGGAGACGGCUGUCAGUAUGCUUCCAAUCAUCCCGGAGGAUAGCGACUCGGGCCGCACCUACACCUGCAGGGUUCUGAACGCAGCUGCUCCCGCUGGACGACAAACAUCCAUCACCAUCAACGUCCAGCACCCCCCCUCUGUGACGCUGUCCGUCCAGCCUCAGACUGUGACCGAGGGAGCCAAGGUCCUCUUCAUCUGCUCCGCUUCGGCCAAUCCGGAAAUCACUGGCUACAGAUGGUCCAAAGGAGGAGUUCCCAUCUCGGAGGCGAACGGGGACAGCCUGGAGGUGACGGUGGACUACUCCUACUUCACAGACCCGGUCUCCUGUGAGGUGUCCAACUCCGUGGGCAGCACCAACGUCAGCACCCUGGUCGAUGUCCAAUUUGGCCCCAGACUGCUGUCGGAGCCAAAGCCAAUGACAGUGGAUAUAGGGAUGGAUGCAUCUUUCACGUGUGCGUGGACUGGAAACCCUCCUCUGACCCUGGCGUGGACCAAGCAGGGCUCCAGCGUGGUGCUCAGCAAUGGUAACACCUUGCAACUGAAGGCUGUUGCCCAGGAAGACGCUGGAACAUACACCUGCAAGGCCAUCGUGCCCCGGAUCGGAGUGGCAGAAAGAGACGUCACUUUGACUGUGAAUGGUCCACCCAUCAUCACAGCAGACGCCACGCAGCACGCCGUGAAGCACUCCAAGGGCAAGCUGGAGUGCCGGGUGGAGAGCAGCCCCCCCCCUGAGAAGAUAGUGUGGAGCUUUGGAGACAUGGACCUGUCCUCGGGUUCCUCCGGGCGGUACUCGGUGCAGACGGUCACCAGCGACCACGGCGUCCUGUCCUCUCUGGUGCUGUCUGAGAUUCUGGCGCAGGACUUCCAGCUGCGCUACAACUGCACCGCCUGGAACCGCUUCGGCACCGGCACGGCCCUGGUCACCCUGAAGGAGCAAGAAGCAAUGCCUAUGUUGAUAAUUGUUGGUGGAGCAGUGGGUGGAGGCUGUGUCCUGCUCAUCUGCGUCAUCACCCUGGUUUCCCUCUGCUGCCGGCACACAGGCAAAGGUGAGCUCAACGGUAAAAGAUGUACUCGUCUUUCCAAGAGCGACAUCAGAGUUCAAAUCGUUCACAGUGAUCACAACGCUACACGUGGCAACGAUGACGAGGAGGAUGUCAAGGAGCCAAUGGCUCCGAACAGCAGCGAGUCUCCCGGGACGUCGCGAACAGAACACAGUGACCUUCUGGAGGAGGAGGAGGACGAACGAUCGGACAUCAAGGACCCGACCAACGGCUACUACAAUGUCCGCGGCCAUGAAGACCCUAACAUCCGCGGCAGUGGCUUCUCCGAGUAUGUGCCCAACACCCGCCCAGUCUACACUCCAUCGCAGCUGCCCUCCCCCAGCCCCAUGUAUGGUCAGCACGCCACACAGCCUCGAGUCUACGACUUCUCCCACCGAUACGCAACCACCACUGCGGGCAGAACCUCGUAUGAACAACAGCAAGCAGCCCAGCAGCAGCCUGCGCAGGGGACCAGCGUUUAUCCCACUGACCCGCAAUACAGUGGCUCCGCCUACUUACCUGCCACCUAUGGUCGCGCCUUCACCAGCUACGUUAAACCUGCUUCCUAUGAGAAGGUGGAUGCGUAUGACCAAUCAGAUCAGGCCAGCAAGGUGUCCAGCUCGUCUCGCUUCUCUUACGCCUCGUCACAAGUGUCCUCCCAGCAGUCCGACUACGGCCGGCCCUCACAACGGAUGCAGACUCAUGUCUGACGGACAAAAGAGAAAAAUGAAGAAGAGACGAUUACGGGAGCAGCGAGUAGAUUACUAUUGUCACCUCCACAUAAUGUAUGUGCGUGGCAGGACUAACAUGAACAGAGACUUUCUUUUCUCGGACGGUCCUUGAAGGACACGUUUGGACAGUGUUUUUGGGGCAGUUGUGUGAUUUCGGUUAUGGGAUAACCAACCUGUUGUGACUGACGGCAGGAUCUACAAUCAUGCAAACUGUAGAGCUGCUGAGCUGGAGAAUUCAGCAGAUUGUGGUGUUCCAGUCAAACUUCUGAUUCCAGUGUGAUACCUCCACAGGUUAUCUGUGUGACAACUCAAACCUGUGGAGAUAUUCAGUCAGUGCGAGGGCCAACUAGAAAAUAAAUCAAAUGAGAAUAUGGGUGGCCAAAACGACUGGGGGGGCCCGGUUACCUGCAUUCCAGAGUUUACUUUGUGUCAACACAAAAACAUGACCUCUAAAAUACUUUGAACGAAGAUAUGACCCCCUAAGACAUAUUUGAAGAAAAAAGAGAUACGAACAAGCUAUUUUUGUCUCUCAUUCAGUGUUUUGUUGGCAUGCGAUAGGAGUUCUAAGCACAUUUGUGUCUCGAUCAUCAACAAAAGAAUGAGCUGUACACGGAGACAGACAUAAACUAUUCUGCACAACAGGCUAGCUCUACUGACCAACAAGUGCUACAGGCACUGUACGUAAGAAGAGUCGAAUCAUCGGUGGAAUACUUCCGGCCUGAACUGUAUUCCUGAAGCUUCCUCCGAUGAUGACCCCUCACAAGUCGUGUUGCUUACCGGUGGAUAGAAGGAGAUGUGAUGAGAAUGUGUAUUUUAGCCUUCGUUCUCAUGAAGGACUGUGUGUUAACUGUGUGUUGUACCAAGAUGGACAAGGUUAGGCCAUGAAAACCCAAAG